AUGGUGUUGAGUUGGCUGGCCGUCGUCUGCUUGGUGGCAUUCGUCGCAGGAGGACUCCCGACGUCGCAGGCUACGCGCGCGAAAGCCGCGGCGCCCCUGCGCAAGCAGUACAUAGUGCACCUGGCGGCGGUGCCGCCGGUGCUCAACUACCGGGGGGGCGUUGCGGGGCUGGCGGCGACCGCGCCGGAGCUAGACGACAACGACCCCGAGAGCAGCCCCACCGACGCGGACGACGACGAUGAUAGCGCUCCGGUUGUUACUCCAGGUGGCGGUUCAGGUGGCGGUUCAGGUGGCGGUUCAGGUGGCGGUUCAGGUGGCGGUUCAGGUGGCGGUUCGGCUGGCGGUUCAACUGACGAUUCUAUAACUGGCGACAGCAACGCCGCUAGUACAAAUGUCACGCUUGCCGCCGUUAGUACUAGCCCAUCCGCUGUGCCCCCUCGCUUCGGUACAAUCACGAGAUCGAGUUUCGAGGCUCCUUGGAAAGUGAUACGGCGGCUUGCGGAUCGAAUCAAGCGGCGCGCGGACGUGCGGCGGGCGAACGUGAAAUCCUUCGUCAACUUUCUGCGGGAUUCGCAGCGGCAGUUUCUGCGAAGGAACAACAUUUCGCCGUCGCAGCUGUUCCAGAGCUACACGUACACGGUUAACGGGUUCGCUGUAUCGCUGACGGCAGCGGAAGCGAAACGGCUGAAGCACCAUCCUGCUGUGGCAUGGAUUGAAGAAGACAAACCGCCUGCAGACCCCUACGGUCCGGUCCCGGACCGCUGGUUCGGCGGGUGUGAAGCAACGGCGGACUUCCCAGCCUCGCUCUGCAACGGCAAGCUCAUUGGUGCAAAGUUCUUCAACAGCGGGUUCCUCAAUGCCGGGCAGGAUGUGGACCCGGACGACUUUUCGUCUGCCCGGGAUGGAGACGGGCACGGGACGUGGUGUGCGGGCAUCAUCAGUGCGGCAGCGAGCAACACGAACCGUGGAGAUGGGCGGCCGCAGCUUCUUUCCCUGCCCUUCACCUACCUUCUCAUCCCUCUCCACCCCUCCCAACCCACCAGAGCGGCAGCGGGCAAUGCGAACGUUAGCGUGGAGAUGGGCAGCCGCAACUUUGGAUUCGCGAGCGGCGUGGCGCCGCGGGCGCGCAUCGCCAUGUACAAGGCGCUGUGGUGGGUGAAGGACUUCGGCGCAGCGGCCGGCACCAACUCCCACCUUCGAGCCGCCGUUGAUGCCGCUGUGGCGGACGGUGUGGAUGUGCUCUCGCUUUCUUUGGGGGAUUCGGUGCGCGAGUAUUUCUCACACAUUCACUACAUGAAUGCGGCUAAGGCGGGUGUGUUUGUGGCACUGGUAGCAGGCAACUCGGGGCCUCCCUCUCCUACGCAUGAUGUGGGGACGCUCGAAAACGUUGCUCCGUGGUACCUGACGGUGGGAGCAACCACCAUUGGUCGGCAGUACCUUGCAAAGCUGAUCCUGGGGAAUGGGGAGGAGGUGACGGGAGUGAGCUUCGGAGGCACCGCCGCCCAGACGGUCAAUAAAGUGCUCCUGCCGGCUUCCGCUGCUGUCCGAGCAGGCGCGUCUGCUGCUGAUGUGAGUCACACGCAUUUAUCACAAGGCUGA